GGCGGCACCUCAGGCAAAGCGAAACCAAAAGGGCGGAGGCGGGGAAGGGGCGGGCAGGCAGGACGGGGCUCCCCGCGGCGCGGCUCGCUCCUCCCCUCGGCGCCGAGGCGGAGCGGGGAGGUGUCGGGGGGUUGAUCGUGCCCCUAUGGCCCUGGAGCCGGGUCAGCGGGCGCGGUAGCUGCCUUCGGCUGUCGCCGCGGGUGAGUCGGGGCUGCCCAGGGAGGGCGGGCUGGAGAUGAGCCUCGCCGCCGUUCUGCGAGCAGCGGCCGGAGGCUGAGCCACAAAGAAGUUUCCCGGGCGGUCGGCGGCAACGCGGCGCUCCCCCAUGCACGCCCCCGGCCGCCGGCCCUGGGGCGCUGCCCCGCAGGCGCCCGGCGCCGACCGCGCUAUGCAGCCCCGCGCGGGGUUGCACAGCAGCCCGGAGCUCAGCCGGUCCAAGCGGCUGAGCGUCGGGGAGCUCCGCUCCCUCUUCGAGGCUCGCUGCGCCGCUGUCGCCGCCGCCGCCGCCCGGCAGCUGCCCGACCCGGCGAAGAGGGGCUGCCGGCCCCCCAACGGGGUGCUGCCGCCCGUCAUCCCCCGGCUCACCGUCACCGCCGAGGAGAGCGAGGAGGCGCAGGGCAGCCCCCAGGCGCAGCCGCCGCACACGGAGGGCGGCUGGCUGAGGACGGACAGCUCGCUGCACCUGCAGUCCCGACGGCUUUCCACCUCCUCGCUGUCCUCCACCGGCUCCUCGUCCCUCCUGGAGGACUCUGAGGACGACGUGCUGAGCGACACGGAGUGCAGGAGCCAGGGCAUCGUGCACCUGGAGCACGGCGAGGACACCAACCAGUCUCCUUUAUCAGAUCUCCAAAAUAAAAUUCUUCCCAUCAUUUGCCAGCAGAAAAAAGCAUGGCAUACAAUUAAAACCAUGGUUAACUUACCAGUCAUCAGCCCCUUCAAGAAACGCUACUCGUGGGUGCAGCUGGCUGGGCAUACAGGGAGUUUCAAGGCAGCUGAUAGUGGGAAGAUACUCAAACGCUUCUCAGAGAAUGAAAAGGAGUGUUUUGAGCGACUGAUGAAAGACCCGCUCCGCGCCUGCGUCCCUUGCUUCCAUGGUGUGGUGGAGAGAGAUGGAGAGAGCUACAUUCAGCUGGAUGACUUGCUUACUGAUUUUGAAGGGCCUUCUGUGAUGGACUGCAAGAUGGGGAUCAGGACAUACCUGGAGGAAGAGCUGACUAAGGCCCGUGAGAAACCAAAGCUGCGUAAAGACAUGUACAAGAAAAUGAUUGAAGUGGAUCCUCUUGCUCCCACAGCUGAAGAGAAUGCUCAGCAUGCUGUCACCAAACCCCGAUACAUGCAGUGGAGGGAAACCAUCAGCUCUAGUGCUAACCUAGGCUUCAGGAUUGAAGGGAUUAAGAAGGCGGAUGGAACAUGUAACACAAACUUCAAAACUACGAAGACACAGGAGCAAGUUCUCCAGGUUUUUGUGGAAUUCAUUGAGGGCAACACAACUAUUCUGAACAAAUACCUCAAGCGUCUGCAGGAAAUUCAUAUCAUUCUUGAAUCCUCAGACUUCUUCAAGCGACAUGAGGUCGUUGGAAGUUCACUACUUUUUGUACAUGAUGGCAGUGGGAAUGCCAAUGUGUGGCUGAUUGAUUUUGGAAAGACCACCCUUCUCCCUGAUGGGCAGACACUGGAUCACAGGAUCCCCUGGGAAGAAGGCAACAGGGAGGAUGGGUACUUGUUGGGGUUGGACAAUUUGAUUGGCAUCUUGGAAAGCAUUACUGAGAGAUGAGUUGAGAAUGACACAAAACUUGCAGGGCUUCUCUGUGACUUUCUGCUUUACUGGAUCACUCAGUCUGAAGGAAACCUUUAACUCCCUUCAAACUCCCGAGGUCAUCAGUGCAGAGGGAGCUGCUUCCAGAACCCAGCAGCUGGUGACCAAAAUGACUUUGCAUCGGCCCUCUAUGAACCUGAAUAACUCCAGAUUGGUUUGCAUUGCACCAGCCUAACUUCAGACUGGUCCUCAGAGAAUGAAGAUCUCCAUGCUCAGGAAUCACUCCAGCAUGAGUCAAGAGGUCUGUAUGGUAAACCAGAAUGAGUCUGUUUUCUGGCAAACCAAUGGGACUCCAGAUUGCCUCUUAGUGAACCAGAGCAAGUGCUUGGAGAUUCAGGGUAGGAAUAACAGUUUUUCAGGGAACUGCAUAGUUUUGAAACCAGCAAGAGUUGGGGUUGGUUUUUUUCCCUCUGAUUCCAAGCCUCCUUUCUCCUGUGUACACUAUAGGUUGGACCAACAACUUCUGCAUUGUGUUACAGUGUGCACAAGGUGGAAAUGGGUGAUAAUCACAAGAAACCUGGAGCAAAGGGAGACAGCAGUUUGUAGUGCCUGCAUGUGACUUCUGUGUCUAUUCCUCCUCCUCCCUACCCUAGCCUCUAUUCACUUCGACCCGGGAACAGCCUUUGCUUUCUAUGUAGCCUCUCAGGAGAUUACAGCUACUUUAGGGAGAGAACAGCAGCCUAUUGUCUCCACAAACAUUUGACUUUGAGGCUGGGUGAGCUGUUUGAAAAGUUCCUAGCUUGGCAGAUUUGGCCUCUUGCAGCUGAACUGCAGCUCUGAAAAUCAGUAGUGGCUCUCACACACAGCCCAGGGAUCUAAGGGCUUUUUCCAAGGCUUGUUUAUUUCUAGAGCUAAACCCCUUAUACCCGUGCACAUACAAGCAUGCACUGGUAGCCAGCAACCGAUGUGGUCUUUUAAGAUCGUGGUUUGACUGUCUCCUACUGCAUGUGACUUCUUAGCCAUGUAAUGUGAUGCUGCCACUUAAUUGUAUAGACUGGCACACCGAUCGUGUUUCUGCAUUCACAGUGCUACACUAACGAUGAGAGAAUUCCCAGGCAUCCUUCCUCCCAGGUAUCAGCUGUUAACUCAGGGCAGUUUCGGGGAAGGAAUGUCAAUGUAUCGCAUCUCCUAGUCCCCAUCUGGAACUGCGGAGCCAUCUGUGGUUCAUCCUUCUUUUGCUGUGGCCUGAGCACAACCGCAGAAGAUUCACAGCAUUAAAGUCAAGAAAGUGUUUGUUUUUUUUUUGAGUGGCUUCACAUACCUGCUCUGAUGGUUGCCUCUGAUCACUUAAACAGUUCUUUAAAUGCUAGCAGUAAAAUACUAUCAGUAGUCACAUGUUCACUUGCAUUCCAGGUUUUAACAUUAAUAACAUGAUGGUGCAGUUUUCAAACUGAGGACACAACUUGUAUUACUUGAUUCUUAAUCCCCUUUCAACAGCUGGUAAUGCACACUGAUCAGAAACUGCUGUCUUUUGCUGGGGUCCUCUGCUCAGGAGAGAUUCUGAGAACUUUAGGAUAUAUGAAGGUGACUCCAUGCUUUGGGAAAUGGCUAUUUCAAUACUAAUUGUGAUCAUGAGUAAAAAAAUAGACUGUAGAGUCCAGAUCUGGAAUGAAAUCUGUAUCUACAGUGUUUAUAAUUAGAAUUUAAGAGCCUACAAUAAUUUCUAAAGGGAGUUCCUGUAGAUAACACACUACUGUGCUAAGGUUUCAGUCAUAUUUAAUGACUUUUUCAUCGCCUCUAAACAAAACAGCAGUAUUAAAAAUUCAAGCUCAGUUGUGACUUGAAAGUUAAACGGCAGAGAGUGGGUAUUCUGUAGGAAGUAAUGACAUGGAAACAUUUCAUCCUACCCCAGCAGUUGUUUGAAACUGGUAAUCAUUGCAGUUCACUGCAAAUUCAGACUUCUCUGGCCUCCCAGAGUCCCUCUCAGUUUUGUUUUCAUGACAGUAAGUUAAUGAAUUUUCCACUUAGAUAUUUCAGAGGAUUUACACAUUUUUCAUAUGACAAAGAGCACAGACGUUGUCAUUGCAGAAGCCUCUGAAGUUUUGAACUGCUAUGAGAUGAAAAACUAAGCUGUGGUGAAUUUCAUACAAUUGAAGUCUUCCUCCUUUCCUGCAGCUGACAGGUAAACGUGUUAGCAGUGCUUAAGCAGGAAGUAACUAGGCCUCCCAGGGGAGGACUUUAGUACCAAUGCCUUUUCUAUGAGACUGCAAUUGCAGCAGUCCUACCGUAAUGAAAAUAAGACAUUAGAAAAGUUAGAAAUGAGCCUGUUCAGGUGAUAGCAUUCAGUAGUGGUUUGCCUGAUUGAUUGAUCUUCAGAGUUAAAUUCGUUUCAGAAGAAUUAAACUUCUUCUGUUACCACACAAGUGACUCUUUGCACCAGUGUAACUUAUUUUCUAGAGGGGAGAUUUGGAGGGUACAAAUCGAUGCUCAAGAGUCAGUUGAGAAUUUGAGAUAC